AUAUAGAUUUUGAUUGAUAAACAACAAAGACGCUAACAUUUCAUUCCUCCCACUUGCAUCACUUCCAUUCGUAGAAAAACCGCCCAAAAGUCACAAAAGAAUGGAAAUAAAGACUGAAAAUGAGAAUUUGUUGGAUUAUUCAAUUGUUAAAAGUGAAUAUUCGCUUCAGGAAAUUCAGGAAAAUAACAUUUUAGCUGCUGUUGAAGUGAAAGAUGAAAAUGAAAUCAAGGAAGAACCCGAAGAACAAUUUAAAGUUGAGGAAGAAGCAAAAACACCUCCAGAUGCUGAUCCAGAAGAUCCUGAGUCCUUCAAUAUUGAUGAAUCUUUGGCAGUAGUGCUGUCAACAAAAGGAGCGAAUGAAAUUUUUCCUUGUUGCGUUUGCGGGGAGACUUUUAAGAAUGAACGACAAACUAGGCAGCACAUUAGGACGCAUUUUAAGAGUUGGGGCUCCCUCAAGUGCCGAAAAUGCGGGAAAGUCUUCAAGUCUCAGUACAAUUUAACGUAUCACAAUCUUGUUGUUCACAGCAGGAUGAGGGAAGCAGAAGUAAUGGGCAGGAAGUACACGUGCAAGGACUGCGGGAAGGGUUUCUACUCCAAAGAUCGCUACGAGAAGCACCUCACAGUUCACAGCAAUGUGAGGAAGUUUCAGUGUUCGCUGUGCUCGAAUAGUUUCAAGCUUGGCCUCUCCCUGGAUCAGCACUUGAGGUUUGCCCACAGCUCUGAACGACCCUUCUCAUGUACCGUAUGCCCUGGAACCUUCAAGUACAAACAGGGCCUCAUGCAGCACAUGAAAUCUCACGAAAGGAAGCUGUCUUUGGGAUCACUUAGACCCUGUCUUCCGGAAAAAACUGAAGGAGAGGGAAUUAACGGUCAGAUCUCCAUUAAAUCUGAAGCAAAUUAACGCAGCAGUGCUGCUAAUUUAGAGGAAUCACCGGAAGUACGAUUAAGUAAAACCAAAAAGGGAAGGAAUUAAUACAUCACUUGUUAGCUCUGCUAGUCCUACAACCAGUUAAUGAAAAAAAAAAACUUAAGCACAGGGGCCAGAAGAAGUCCAGACGAGGGCAACUUGAGAUUUGAACACUUUGUGCUUCCCGGAAAGUGCCGUAAGUGGCUGGAAAUUGUGCAGUCACCCUUCUCAUUUCAUCAGGAAGUUUCUUUUCAACAAUUUGCUGAUUCUUGAUUUCAUUUAAGGGUCCAAAUCUAUCCAUUUACAGAGUUUAUAGAAAUGCUUCUAGCAACUGCAAAAGGAGUCUCUUUACAUGGACAGAUUUUGACCCCUAAAUGAAAUCAAGAAUCAGCAGGAUGUUGAAAAGAAACUUCCUAAGAUCCUUUAGAAACUUCCUGAUGAAAUGAGAAGGGUGACUGCACAAUUUCCAGCCACUUAUGGCACUUUCCGGGAAGCACAUCCAACAAAAAAGGAGAAUGUUCAAAAAGUAUGCAAACUUCAAGCUGCUCCAGAUGGGACGGGGAUGAGCAGAAAUUUAUUAUUUUACAUUAAAAAGGAAUUAAUUUAGAAGAUUUUCUCGUAGAAAUUGGUGUUUGCCUUCGAAAUUUUCUUUUGAAAAAAUAAAUAUUGACUAAUUUUUCAAUUAA